AUGGAGGAGAAAAAAACCGAAAAGAAAUCACUGAAUAGCCUCAUAAUUCACCCAGAUAUUGAGCCAGGCGUAAUAGAUAAUGCUAUGCUUAUACGCUGCAUUCUGGACUAUGGUCCUACUGAAGAAGCUGGGAGAUUAUUUGCUGAGGAAGGUGUACAUUUAGAUGAGGCGACGAUAGUUCGUCUUGAGUUUCAGAAUAUUCUCCGGAUUGACCAUCUAUGGAUGCUGACUUCACUAACUAAAUUAACUUUAGCUCACAACCUUAUAGAAAAAAUUGAGAAAUUGGAAUUACUAACUAGUCUGAAUGAGUUAGAUUUAUCUUUUAACAAAAUAGAAAAGAUUGAAAACUUGGAAACUUUAGUUAACUUAGAAAUAUUAACUUUGUUCCAUAACAGAAUAAGAAAGUUAGAAAAUAUGGAGACUUUAGAGAAUUUGUUGGUGUUCAGUAUUGGGGAUAAUUUGAUAGAAGACUUUAAGGAGAUGGCGUACCUGCGCAGAUUCCGUAAACUGCGUGCGGUCAGCUUUAAAGGCAAUCCUUGCUGCGAUGACCCAAUGGCGUAUCAGUUUCUCAAUGCGGGUCUACCUCGGGUCACCUACCUCGACUAUAGAAUUAUCACUGACCAACAAAGGGAAGAUGGAAGAGCACUAUUUAGGGGUCUGCUCCGUAAGAUGGAUGAAGCUGAUGAAAUAUCCGAAAAACAAAGGCUUGCAAAGGAAGAAUACGAAUCACAAGUCAAGUUUUAUGCUAUGUCCUUUGUCGAAUACCUCAGUGGUUCUGAACUGUUAGAGAGAAUGUUUGAUAAAGAUCCUGAUGGCACUAUAUUGUUGUCCUUUGGAGGCGAAUUAAUACCUUUUUAUGAACAAUACAAAGAGCUUUACGUGGAAGUCAUGGCCGAUUUAGUGGAAUUUGCGCAGCAGGCAACAACAGACAGACAGGAGGAAAUAAGGCUUUUUAAAGAGCUUGUCGUCUCCGCCUUGGAGGCCAGCGUACAAAAGAGUAAAGACAAGGUAGGCGAAUACGAGGUGAAUAAAAAGCCUUUUAUUGACAAAAUGAAUGAGCAUAUGACGAAGUUCAAAGCAAAGCAGAUCACUAUAGAGCAGCUAGAGCCAAUAAUUAUAGACCUCGGUGAACGGUACAACGAUCUAUUAUAUGAUCUAUGGAAAAAUCUUAUGACAAUUGAGAUGCAGUUAUUUGAACAGUGCGAGGAGUCCCGAGUACAGUUUGCAGUGAACAUGACGGAGAAGAUAACGAAGCUACUAGAAGUCUCUCGAAACGCUUUCGGUGCAUGGCGGGAACACGACGGUACUUGGUCGAUGAGGCAGUUUGAAACAUUAUCCAAACAUUUGGGUAAUAAGAACAUGCUUAUUGACGCAUCGCCUGAAUUGUACGAGGCAAUGAUGGACCGUGAUCAUAUGAUGAACUUGGUAGCGCAAUCAUCUGAUAACCACAUGAGAUUUAUAGAUGAACGUGAAGAUCUCCUGACUUCGCGGGCGAACCAUUGGCGGGACGAACUAGUGCAGGGGACUACCGAUAACGAGAUUAAGCGCAAUAGGGACAGGAUACUAGAGAUUAACUACUACUUAGACAAUCAGCGCGAGGAGUGGACUGAUUUGCAAAUGGCACUGAACGAAUCUGUUGAUCCCGAAACCGCAGCAUUGUUGGGCGACGAUUUUUGA